AUGGCGGGGGCGGUGCGCUCAAUCUGGCGGGCAUCAGUCGCGCUGCAAGCAUCCGGAUCAGCUGUCUCACGCCAAUUUAUGACCAGCACCCGCUCUUACGCCUGGCCCACGGCAAGGCUCACCGCGAGACCUGCUGCCGCCUGGCUGCAGACGGCUCGCACCUUGCACGCGCUGCGUCCGAUGCAUGCAACCCACUACGAGGUCUUAGAGGUCUCCCCAUCGGCGACGCCUGAGCGGAUCAAGCAGGCCUACAUUGAGCUGAGCAAGCGCUACCAUCCCGACCGCAACGCCACUGCAAAUGCUGACGAAAAGGAGAAUGCACAUCGUCGCUUUCAAGAGGUCGGCGCAUGUUUCAAACACCUCGCCCAGUUGUUCAGCAACAGCACGGUCGUCAUGCUGAUUGCGGCAUGGAUGCUGAUUGGGAUUAUUUACCAUUACUUUGCCAUCACCAAGACCAAGACCGAGCUUGAGCAGUUCUUAGAAGCACGCUCACAAGCCGCUGCUGCCAGUCAUGCCGAGGCGCGGCAACGAGCACGGGAGAACGGCUAUCAGAAGCAACUCGAACUGCUGCGCAUGAAGGUCGCUGGUGACUAAGAACCGCACGCAGCCGAAUCUCUGUACCCCCUUGAACAGAAGUGAGGCAUGCGCGCUUGGUCGCAAGCUUGGACUCUACUCUUCUUUUCUCUAUUUUUUUCUUAUGUUCCCCCAAU